GUUUCUUACCUUAUUUUAUCAUAUUUUCUGAAUCUAAUGGACUGGGACAACACAAUUCCUAAUAACUUUUUUCCUCCAAGCAAAUAUUUGGGCACUGCAAAAACAAUCGACUAUUCUUCAAAUAUAGUUACAAGUUCUCGUGAAACAUUUUUCAAGCAUGCCAAUAAGUUGCCUACGCUGCUUAUUGUAUUACAACAACCCCGUGUGGUCCAUUUUUCUGCAACAUGCUGCCGCCCAAGGCACAACCCGAUUGCCAUUAUUUAAUUUGGAAAAUUAUCAGAACCGAAGUAGCACAAGUCACUUAAAAUAUUACGUAAUUUCUGCAAAAUGAUUUCUCAUACGCAUUUAACAAUUUUUUUCCUUCUCUAAAAGUUUUCAAAAAAUUUACCUUUUUAAUUCGUAGUUUUCGCGCCUUGAAAUAAAGAAAUUGCAGAUGGCGUGCCUGUUGUAGAGAGAGUUGAUGAAAAAAGAAAACGGUUGGUUUCGACGUCACUUCCUGCAAGGUCUGCCGAAAAGCUAGGGUUGUCUUUGGUUCUUACAAUUUGGACUUUUUCGUUUUAAAACUUAAUAAUCAAACAAUGUCUGGCCGUGGAAAGGGAGGUAAAGUAAAGGCUAAGGCCAAGUCUCGCUCGAGCCGUGCUGGACUUCAGUUUCCAGUCGGCCGUAUCCAUCGUAUGCUUCGCAAAGGCAAUUAUGCUGAACGUGUGGGUGCUGGUGCUCCUGUAUACCUGGCUGCCGUGAUGGAGUACCUGGCUGCUGAAGUCUUGGAGUUGGCAGGAAAUGCUGCAAGAGAUAACAAAAAGACCAGGAUCAUUCCAAGACACUUGCAGUUGGCCAUCCGAAAUGACGAAGAGUUGAACAAACUGCUUUCAGGAGUUACUAUUGCUCAAGGUGGUGUGCUGCCCAACAUCCAGGCUGUUCUGCUGCCCAAGAAGACCGAAACUGCCCCAGCAGGAGGUUCCAAGGGGGCUGCUAAAGGAAAGGCCAAUUCUCAAGAAUAUUAAUGUAUCUGAACUUGGUCCUAAAUUCAUUUUUCAUCUCUAAAUGUGUUCCAAACCUCCAGGAUUUUUUGAAUUUCCAUUUUAAUUGCUUUCAGUCUUAAUACUUUUUGAUCAAAUUCUCCUGUAAGUCCCUUGUCAUCCAGAAUAAAUAAAAGCGACUCUUGUGCUACAUAUGAA